CAGACGAUGCAGACUUCCGCAGACACAGCACAUCUGCGCCAGUACCCAAAGAACAUCUGUAAGCCAGAACAGCACAUCUGUGGCCACCAGAGCACACCUGCGGCCACCAAAAAUAACAACACUGGAAGUUGGGUGGACGGUUCAGAAGCUCCUUAGUGUCCACCAUGAACACGAAAAUUUUCGUCAUUAUUUCUCUGGCGGUGGUGAGCACCGCCGGGAUGCUCUAUGCAGACUCCUGUACACCAGACUGUACUGGGAAAAAUGAUGGUGAGAAGGUCCCAGACCCCAAGAACUGCACCAACUAUUACUUUUGCAAGGAUGAGAUACCAUCAGACCACGCUCUACCCUGCGAUGCUGGCAUGAUCUUUGAUAAUGGUGAUUGUGCCCCGGGACCUGCUUGUACGCCUAUAUGUGAGGUAACAGUCUGCCCCAUCACCUGUAACGGCUCUUACAGCAUGAUUAGUGACCCAUUUGACUGUUCUAAAUACUACAUUUGCACCGCUGGUCAGGUGAAUGGACCCCUCACCUGUCCUGAUGACAAACCUUAUUUUAACGGGGAGAACUGUGUCAAGGACAAAGAAGUCUGCUGUGCAGUUUCGUGCACUCCUUACUGCGGACCAGGGAUCGUGGAGGCUCCCGACCCCGUGGACUGCACAAAGUACUACAUGUGUCUUGAAGUGGGAAUACCUAACGAGGAUUAUCACUUUCCGUGUUCAUCUGGUGAAGUUUUCGAUUUCCAAACUGGUCGAUGUUCUUCAGACGCUUCGUGUAUUACAUUGUGUACAGGUAGUACCAGUAAUGUGAAGUCUACAACAACUACAACUACAACUAAAACUACAACUACUACAACAUCUUUGACUGCGCCAACUCGCUAAUCUGUACUGGCGAAGGUUUUUUCCCUCAGUGUCAUUUCUCAUGUCAACCAGGUUAUUUUGAAUGUACGGGAGCGGGAGCACAAGGGAUCUACCACGAGUGUACAGGAGACCUGGUGUUUAAUACUGAUCCGCUAUACGCUUACUGCGUUCUUCCUGGUAACUGUCCUUUUCACCCAUCCAAAUGAUCCCAUCAUUACUACCUCUAUCACAACUACUACUGCUACCACAACCACUUCUCCUAAUAACCUAUUCCAGCUACUACUGCCAACAUGCUAAACUGAUCCUACCAACAUUAUUCCCAUCUAUUUCCACUGCCAUCACCACCUCCUCCAUCCUGAUCUGUUCCAGGCAAUACAAUCACAGUUUUGAACUACUACUACACCAGGAGCACCACCAUCACCAACAUUCACAACCUGAUCUGUUCCAUUCACUCACAUCACCAUUUUGACCUGCUCCUACCAUUAUUAACAAUAAUUAUAGCACAUACUGACUGCUGCUUCGUAGCCAACACUGAACAUUUUGUACGAGCAAGGAUGACCACGUCCCCUGCAUGAGUUGCUUGUGCACAAACAUGUGUUGCCUGGAUCUAUGUAACUCAUAGUAGGUGUUGCCUGGGUCUAUGUAACUCGGUAUGUGUUACCUGGGUCUAUAUAACUCGGUAUGUGUUGCCUGGGUCUAUAUAACUCGGUAUGUGUUGCCUGGGUCUAUAUAAUUCGGUAUGUGUUGCCUGGGUCUAUAUAACUCAUAGUAUGUGUUGCCUGGGUCUAUAUAACUCAUAGUAUGUGUUGCCUGGGUCUAUAUAACUCGGUAUGUGUUGCCUGGGUCUAUAUAACUCAUAGUAUGUGUUGCCUGGGUCUAUAUAACUCAUAGUAUGUGUUACCUGGGUCUAUAUAACUCAUAGUAUGUGUUGCCUGGAUCUAUAUAACUCAUAGUAUGUGUUGCCUGGGUCUAUAUAACUCAUAGUAUGUGUUGCCUGGGUCUACAUAACUCAUAGUAUGUGUUGCCUGGGUCUAUAUAACUCAUAGUAUGUGUUGCCUGGGUCUAUACGACUCACAGUAUGUGUUGCCUGGGUCUAUAUAACUCAUAGUAUGUGUUGCCUGGGUCUAUAUAACUCAUAGUAUGUGUUGCCUGGGUCUAUAUAACUCAUAGUAUGUGUUGCCUGGGUCUAUAUAACUCAUAGUAUGUGUUGCCUGGGUCUAUAUGACUCAUAGUAUGUGUUGCCUGGGUCUAUAUAACUCAUAGUAUGUGUUGCCUGGGUCUAUAUAACUCAUAGUAUGUGUUGCCUGGGUCUAUAUAACUCAUAGUAUGUGUUGCCUGGGUCUAUAUAACUCAUAGUAUGUGUUGCCUGGGUCUAUAUGACUCAUAGUAUGUGUUGCCUGGGUCUAUAUAACUCAUAGUAUGUGUUGCCUGGGUCUAUAUAACUCAUAGUAUGUGUUGCCUGGGUCUAUAUAACUCAUAGUAUGUGUUGCCUGUGUCUAUAUAACUCAUAGUAUGUGUUGCCUGGGUCUAUAUAACUUAUAGUAUGUGUUGCCUGGGUCUAUAUAACUCAUAGUAUUUGUUGCCUGUGUCUAUAUAACUCAUAGUAUGUGUUGCCUGGGUCUAUAUAACUCAUAGUAUGUGUUGCCUGGGUCUAUAUAACUUAUAGUAUGUGUUGCCUGGGUCUAUAUAACUCAUAGUAUUUGUUGCCUGGGUCUAUAUAACUCAUAGUAUGUGUUGCCUGGGUCUAUAUAAGUCAUAGUAUGUGUUGCCUGGGUCUAUAUAAGUCAUAGUAUGUGUUGCCUGGGUCUAUAUAAGUCAUAGUAUGUGUUGCCUGGGUCUAUAUAAGUCAUAGUAUGUGUUGCCUGGGUCUAUAUAAGUCAUAGUAUGGUUUAAGACUAGAUCUUACAUUAUUCAUAGGAAAGAGCUAAACCCGCCGGGGGAUUAACAACUCCUGGGAAACAGGAGGUAAACAGAGGAAGGGUAUGAAAGCUGUAAUACCAUAAAUCAAGAGCCCACACUACCCUUAAUAAAAAAUAAAACAUUAAAAAUCAAGCAAGUUAGGGAAGUUAUUUAGACAAAUUGUAAACUACUGAGUAAUUACGACUGUGAUGAUGUAUUAUGUACGGAAGGAUGAGCAUAUGUGCUGAAUGGCCCACACGAGUUUAGCGUUUCAUGAGUUACAGUAAAGAAGGAUGGGCUAGACUGCCACAAUAAUUUCUGUUAGUGAAGGGAGGAUCGACCCUGUGACACUUUUGUGCCACUACUUGUAAUAAAUGAUCAACACGAGUUUAUAACUUCAUAAUAUAAUAUAUAUAUAUAUAUAUAUAUAUAUAUAUAUAUAUAUAUAUAUAUAUAUAUAUAUAUAUAUAUAUAUAUAUAUAUAUAUAUAUAUAUAUAUAUAUAUAUAUAUAUAUAUAUAUAUAUAUAUAUAUAUAUAUCUUGGUUUUUAACUAUCAUUUGAUUGGCAAAUAAAUGACGUGUACUGGGAUAAUAAAUGACGUGUACUGGGAUAAUAAAUGACGUGUACUGGGAUAAUAAAUGACGUGUACUGGGAUAAUAAAUAACGUGUACUGGGAUAAUAAAUGACGUGUACUGGGAUAAUAAAUGACGUGUACUGGGAUAAUAAAUAACGUGUACUGGGAUAAUAAAUGACGUGUACUGGGAUAAUAAAUGACGUGUACUGGGAUAAUAAAUGACGUGUACUGGGAUAAUAAAUGACGUGUACUGGGAUAAUAAAUGACGUGUACUGGGAUAAUAAAUGACGUGUACUGGGAUAAUAAAUGACGUGUACUGGGAUAAUAAAUGACGUGUACUGGGAUAAUAAAUGACAUGUACUGGUUUAAUAAUUCCUUCUAUGUUAAUAAAGUGUUGCUCACCAACGUU